CGUAGCUCCAUUCCACCCUCGGCUCAAGUACCUUUGGGUUGGCCGGACGAGUUUGAGGUCCAGGAACCGGACCAGGACCAGGACCAGGAUCAGGGCCAAGGCCAGGGCCAGGACGAUGUCCCGAGCAGAGGAGCGUGAGGACGGGGACUGUGUGUGUUCAGUUGGGAUGAAGUUCUCCUGGGACAUCAACGACCCCAAACUACCGCAGGACACAAAGCAGUUCGACCUGUUCCAGGAGUGGACAGACGGUUACGUUCGAUAUAUCUACAGUGCUGAAGAUAAGAAUGCGCAGAGACAUCUGUCCGGCUGGGCCAUGAGAAACACCAACAACCACAACUGUCAGAUCCUGAAGAAGUCGUGUUUGGGCGUAGUUGUCUGCUCUCGCGGCUGCACGCUGCCCGACGGCUCCCGGCUCCAGCUCCGCCCGGCCAUCUGCGACAAGGCCCGGCAGAAGCAGCAGAAGAAGCAGUGUCCCAGCUGCAACGGCAGUCUGGAGCUGCUGCCCUGCCGCGGCCACAGCGGUUACCCUGUCACCAACUUCUGGAGGGUGGAUGGAAAGGCCAUCUUCUUCCAGGCAAAAGGAGUCCAUGAUCAUCCCAGACCGGAGUCCAAGUCGGAAACAGAAGCCAGACGAAGUUCAGUGAAGAGACGGGUGAGCUCCCCACCGUUCACACCGAAGAGACGACUCAUCGAGACUCAGGCUCUAGGCCCCGCCCUCCUCUCAUGUGUCGAUCCAUCAGACAGAAUCUCCUUCAUCGAGCCUAAUUUCCCGCAGCAUUACCCAGCAUUCCAGAGCCCGGAGCCUUACUACAAUCCCCACAAUGCACUAGGAGAGGCUCAACCCACAAUGCAGAAAACAGCCAAUCCCAGAAUUUACAUGGGCCGGCCCGGCUAUGAGUUCCAAGGAUACCUGACGUCGCCUACAUAUCCCAUGACUUCUGAUCUCUGUGACCCCAGGGUGACUCCGGUCCUUGGUUCCUCUUCUUCCUCCACACCAUUGUCGGCUCCCCUCACUUCGUCCUGCUCCUCCUUCGACCCCCAGACCAAGUCUCCCGCUGGUUGGAAGGAGCUGCUGAAGAGCUCUGCACCUUACGGGGACAACCACCAUUACUACAGCACCGAGUACCCCUGCCGAUACCCCGGGAACGCCCCAGGCUCCCCCGCCGCAUUGCAGACUAUCAUCACCACAACAACCAAGGUCUCCUAUCAGCCAUGUCCCAAGCCUCCUGCUCAGCUUCCUUCCUACCAGUCGUGUCCUAAGCCCUCCGCCGGCCUCCCGUCUUAUCAACCCUGUGCUCCUCCUAAAAUCCCCGGCCUUCCCAGCUGCUCCUCCCUGCUGGACGAUCCCUCCUCCUCGUACUCCACUGAGGUUAAGGUUACGGAGGAGUCGGGUGGAGUGAUCAAGUCUCUGUCAUUUCAGCCUGAACCUCUGCAGACCAAAACAGAGCGGGCCGACGGCUAUGACUAUCGCUACGCAUACCCCAACACGUAUCGCUACGAAGACUACUGAGGCAUCGCCUUCGUCACCGUGACUACUGUUAUCACCACUACCGCUACACAAACCUCAACACCUAUCGCUAUGACGACUACCGAGGCACUGCCUCACCAUGACUUCUGUUACUAAAACGAUUACUAUGACAAAACAGUUGCUACACCCCAGACAGAUGCUGUACUGAACCACAGACUAUUUACUAAUAAACCUUCUGCUGUUCAGGAGCUGAAAGGAUGAACUUUUGAAGACAUGGAUUACUUUCAUAGUCCCAAAGAAGAUGCUUUGCCCGGUCUUCUAUUGCUUAAAAACACAAGAUUCGAAUGAGAAUUAUGUCCAACUGAGCCUCAACAUAAGAGACGACUUACUUGGUGUUUCCGGAGCUUUCAGCUUCAUCGUAUGACCUUCUUCAUUUAGUGGUUGUCCCAUGCAAUGAAUGUGGAAUGCUGAUACAAAUAUAAUUAUAGUGGAAAUGGUAUCUGCAGUCGGAUCAUAAACUAGUGAGUAAUGUGUGUCACUUCAGGAUCCCCCGAUGUGUAACUUUCUUUAGAGUCCUCAGAAGUGUCAUAGCCCAGAAGAUGGGACACUUUAGGUCAUGUAAAAAACAACCUAAAAGAUCCCCAUCUGCAGCUAAUACUCUCCGUCUACAUGGGAUGUGGCUGGAAGCUUCAACAGCGCCACAGUCACAUGACUUUAAUGAAUUUGUGACCAAAGGUGUUUUGAUAUCAGUGUAUGCAGUUUGUACAAUGCCCUUGUGGAAUUUAUCAUUAUGUGUGUUUUUAAUGUUUGGCUUAUUUAUUAGAAUCAGUCAAUAAACACUUUGAACUGUUCCUGAACAAAAAAAACUGAAUCAAACAGUUGUUGAC